UUAUAUUAUCAAUGGGAUAAUCAUCUAUUACAGUUGUUGAUCCAAAUUACAAUAAUAACUAUUCAAGAUAAAGUUCAGCUUAAGAAGUUGAAGAAUAAAUAAAAAGAGCAUUUAAGCAAGCAUCUCCAUAAGGAAGAUUAACAAGAGAUAAAUUUAAUGAAGCAUUAGGAAUAUUUGAAAGUAUUUAAUUGAAAAGGUUGAGAGAUACUCCUUUAGCAGAUAAGCUAUAUCAAUUAUUUGAUAAAGUACAAUUUAAUUAUGAAUUGUAGACUGAGGAAGGAUAUAUAACAGAAAAAGAGUAUUUGGAAGGCAUAACUACAUUGAUUAAUAACAAAGAUAAAAGAAUUAUAUGUAAUUGAUUAGUAAAAAGGUAGAUUCAUUUUAAAUGAUUGAUAAAAAUAAGGAUAACAAAAUAGAAUUCUAAGAGUUUUAUGAUUUUGUAAAGGAUAGUUGGUUGAGUGCUUUUAGAUUAUUAGGAGAAAAAGUCUGUUCAGGAUAGAAUCAAUAUUAAUUAACAUAAUCAAAAAUAAAUGCAUGGGCUUAAGGCUAAUUGAAUAAACUUUAUGUUUAGGUUCAAGAGAUCUUUAUGAAAUUUGCAUAAUAGAGUGUAUUCUAUAAUAUUAAAUAAGUCAUCAAUGGAUCCAAUUGUGUUUAGACAAUGGGUUAUGAGUAAUGAAUUUGGAUUCAUUAAAGCAGAAUUAGGAAAUGAUUCUGUUUAGAUUCCUCUUCAUUUAUACAGGUUAGAAGAGAAAUGAAAUUAUAAAUAAUUAAU